AUGGCUGCACGAAGGAUCUCUUCAAUAUGUCUAGCACGCUCCAGCCAGCGCCCUCUUGGCUGCGCACCCCGCUCUCGGUCACAUUUCAGUCUCCCUCAACCACGGAAUGCGCGGCAGCUACAGACAGCGCCGAUUCUAUACAGUCAACAACUAGCAAAUGUCAAAGUCAAGCGAGGUCCAGCGACCAAGAUUGUGCGAGGAGCUUCCAAGCUGUUCAAAAGCGCAGAUGAGGCGGUCACGGAUAUAGAGAGCGGUUCAACAAUCUUGAGCGCCGGGUUCGGGGUCUGCGGCACUGCGGAAACCAUAAUUGGUGCCAUUGAGAGACGGGGAGUUAACUCUCUCCAUUCCCUAACAAUUGUCUCGAACAAUGCGGGCGGAAGCAUUGGGGGCGGAAUCACACCCUUGGUAGAGUCCGAGCAAAUCUCGCGAUUAUUGUGUUCACAUAUCGGGGCAAACAAGGAAUUGGAGAAAAAGUAUCUGCGCGGGGAGAUUGCCAUUGAACUAUGUCCCCAAGGCACGAUUGCCGAGAGGGUGAGAGCUGGGGGAGCCGGAAUCCCAGCGUUUUUCACACCAACUGGUAUUAAUACGCCAAUACAAUCCGGAGAUAUUCCUGUUCGUCUCGGGCCCAUUGACAAGGCGACAAAUACAGCGACAGUUCUUGAAGCAGGAAAGCCAAGGGAGACCCGUAUUUUUGACGGAAAGGUAUAUGGCAUGGAAACCGCGAUAAAAGGAGACGUUGCAAUCCUCCGAGCACAUAAAGUGGACGAGGCAGGGAAUUGUCAAUUCCGUUAUACCACCAAGUCAUACAAUCAGCUCAUGGGGAAAGCCGCUAAGAUCACCAUUGUCGAGGCCGAAAAUAUUGUGCGCGUUGGAGAAAUACAUCCGGAUAAUGUGCACCUCCCCGGGAUCUACGUGGACCGUAUAGUUCCUGCAGAGGCACCGAAGUUAAUCGAGGUGCGAAAAACAAAUGAGGUUAAAGAGGAAAAGGGCGGCGAUGCGUCGAAGUCCGAAUCCCAAAUCCGAAGAGAGAGGAUAGCCAGGAGAACUGCAAAGGAACUCAAACACGGAUACUACGUUAACCUUGGUAUUGGUAUUCCAACUUUGGCACCGUCAUACUUGUCCCCUGAGACUAAAGUGUGGCUGCAAUCUGAAAAUGGAAUCCUAGGAAUGGGACCCUACCCAUCAGAAAAUGAAGUCGAUGCGGAUUUGGUCAACGCUGGGAAAGAAACGGUAACUCUCAUCCCCGGCGCUUCAACAUUCGAUAGCGCGGAAUCUUUCGCCAUGAUUCGUGGCGGCCACAUUGAUGUUUCCAUUCUUGGAGCAUUGCAGGUAAGCGCUACGGGCGAUCUUGCCAACUUUAUGAUUCCCGGGAAGAUGUUCAAGGGCAUGGGCGGCGCCAUGGAUCUUGUUGGAAACCCCGAUCAGACCAAGAUUGUAAUUGCCACGGAUCACGUUGCGAAGGAUGGUAGCCCGAAAAUUGUGGAUCGGUGUACAUUGCCAUUGACUGGGGCGAGGGUCGUCAGUACUAUUAUCACAGAUUUGUGCGUGUUUGAGGUUGAUCGAUCGAAAGGGGGACUUACCCUUACCGAAUUGGCUCCGGGAGUGGAUGUCGAGAUGGUGAGAGAGAAGACGGGGGCUAGAUUUGCAGUUGCCGACGACGUCAAAUCUAUGGAAUAA